AAAGGCCAUAGAACGAAAUAAAGGCUGUGUCAUGGUACAGCUGAACGAACAGAACAGAACUUAGGCCAACAGUACAUAGUCAGAGCGUCUCACUAGAAGGAUUAUAAUUACAUAACGUGACCCGCCGUUGUGUUUAACGAAACAUGUAGCUCUUUAUUUUUGUAUGAGUGAUUCCUUUUUACUGUCAGCAAGACUAAAGAAGUAACAAUUAAUAGUGGAAAAUUUGAAGACCUGGUUUUAAAGUGAUUUGUUUGCAAAUUCUUGAUCAGUGUUAAAUAUUUGCAAAAGACAAUAACAUUGUGGUUUCAUUAUUGGAAAUUUGAUAACAAAGCCAAUUUAAGGAAGCUGAUCAUCUACCCAAGUAAAAAUGUCAGCCAAUCAACAACCAAAAGCUAUGCAUACUGAAGUUGUGAUUGUUGGCAAUGGGCCAUCAGCUAUUGCUCUUUCUUUUAUGUUGGCUGGUAACAGGCCUUAUUAUAAUGGACACACAAUAUCCAAUGAGUACCUAACUAAAAGGUUGCAGGAGAAUCCUGGUUUGGCAUUAACUGAAAUGGAUUUGCCAACUCUUAGUGAAGGCUUAGAAGGACGUUCCAACAACCCAGUUGCCUUACUCUUUGAUAGCCUUUUUCAUCCAGAUGCUGAUCUAGGUGCAGAUAACCCUCCAGCAUUGGAUUGGAAAUAUCAAAAGACAUGUGAGAUUCCACAUGUGGUUCUUGGCAAAACCAAGCCAGGAGGAACAUGGCAGAAAAUUGAUGGCACCAUGCAAACAAUAAGCCAGAAUUCUUGGAUGGAACUGCCAAAAGUGCCCUUUAAAGAGUGGCUGUCAAAGCAUCGUGACUUUACAAGAGCUGAAAGUUUGUUGGGGAGAGCCACCAUCAGUGAUGUAAAAGAAUACUACAGUGAUUAUGUAAAGUCUCAAAAGCUGGAGAAAUACUUCAGAGAUUUUCACACUGUUACAUCUGUCCAGAGAGUUUUUCAUCUGCGUAACCAUGUAGACAGUGAAAGUGGAGAGGUUGAGCCUUGUUGUCAGAACGUCAGAAGAAACCACACUCAUUGCUGGGAGGUUAGAGGCUAUCACACUAUAGUGGAUGAAUUUGGCCAAGCAGUAGCCAGGCAAGACUUUUGUUAUGUUGCUCCCCAUGUGGUCUUAGCCACUGGGGCAUAUGACAUUCCAAAUAGAUUAGGCGUAGAUGGUGAAAACCUUCCUUGCGUUGUCCACUGUUUGGGUGAAUUUGAGGAGAAGCUUUCUCACUGUGAGCCACACACCACAGAUCCUGUGCUAGUAGUAGGUGCUGGUCUUAGUGCAGCAGAUGCUAUUCUCAUGGCAUUGGAGUCAAAUAUUCCAGUCAUUCAUGUAUUCAGACGCAGUCCCUCAGACCCAUCCUUAAUAUUUUCUAAACUUCCAAAAUUCAUGUAUCCAGAAUAUCACAGAAUUCAUAGUUUAAUGAAAGGAAAAGAGACAAAUGAACUUUAUAAAGCUCUUCCAAAACACAGUGUUGUGGAAAUACUUGACAAUAAGGUGUUGAUAAAAGCUAAAGGAACAGACUCUCUCAGCUGGUACGACAUCUCCUGUGUGGCCAUCAUGAUUGGCUCUAGGUCUGACUUGGGAUUCUUGCCCAAAGAAGGCAGAAACCUUGGUGUGGUGCCCAAGUGGCCCAUUGACAGCAAGCAUAACCCCAUUGACAUUGAUGCUUACUCUUACCAAUCCAUCCGUGAACCCCAGAUGUUUGCAGUUGGUCCCUUGGUGGGAGACAACUUUGUCAGAUUUGCCAUUGGGGGCUCACUUGGCAUAGUUAGUCACAUUAUAAAGUGUAGGAAGAAGGAUGAGAUGUAACUGUGAUAUUCAAAAAAGCUUGAGAUUUCACCUAACACUGACCAUCAUCAUCAUAUCAUAAUGAUUGCCAUGGUGGGCUGGUGAAGCACUGCUUUGAUUGUACUGACUAAACAUGUGUUCCUGACAUACUUAUGACACAUUUCCUCUGGAUCAAGAGAAAUCUUUCAGUGCCUUCUACUUGUAUAUGAGAAUGAUACUGAUUCAGAUUCAAGAGAAUUUGAUACUUAACAUAUUAUGUUGUUUUUUUUUAGCAUGGUACACACUAAUAAUGACAUAUCUGCUGAUUAGUUAUUAGUGUAGUGCAUUAUUGUGUAGUGUUUCUAUAGGAGGUGCCUAUGUGGAAGAUUGAUUGCUGAAAUGAAAGUGUAUGGUUCAAUGCCUAGUCUGGAGACAGAUACAGAUUUAAAACUAGGGAAAAGUAACAGGGGUUAGUCAAUGUGGUUUCCAUUAAAACUUACUAAGUAAAACAAAGAUGAGUUCACUACUGUCAGCUUUAUUUUAUUCUAGCUAGCACCUUAAAGAUCUAUUAAAUGGCAAUAUAAUUAUAAAUCUCACUAUAGUGAAUGUUUUUUUUGAGCUUCAGUGUCAUGUCAGUAUCUGCUCUAUUGUGUGAACUGAAUCAGACCUGAAGACUUGGCUUAGAAUAGUUCACUUCUUGUUAUAAAUGUGCUCUUUGAUCUUUGUAUUACUUUGUUGUUACAAAUGUUGUAUACUUUUUUACACAUUUGUAAGUGAUACAUAUAUUGUUGAUGUUGUUGUUUUUUUUAUACAUGUGCAACACAUUUGUAAUUUUUUAUAAUUUUAAAAAUUUAAAUGAUGAAUUAAUUGAUUUUUAAAAAAAAAUCUUUAACCUUGCAAUUCCUGACAGUUAAAAUAGUGUCGCCCUUAAUUGUGUUAAUAAUGUAUACAGUGCAGGUGUAUUCCUACUUAUCUGAUUACUCAUUAAUUCACUUAAUUUUAAAAGGUUGUGGUCUAAUAUAUUUGGCUAUUUAAGAUUCCCAUAUGAUUGUAAGUGAUUAGAAUUAAAUUGUUUAUUGUAAAAAUAAAUUUGCCAAGUUUUGGUUGCGGUAUAUUUGCUCAGACAUGGAACUCUUCAUAUAAUUUUUUGGUCAUCAUGAAAAAUGCUUGCAAAUUAUUUUCAAAAUAAAUGUGGAGCUUGUUUCAAAGAACUAUGAACCCAUCUGUUCAUUGCAAUGUUGUUUUUUUUUUUAAUUUAUCACAUGACUUAGUUGGACCAAAGAGUUUCAUAUCAAAACAAUUUUUGUUUUUACAAGACAAAUUGACUUUAACAUUGUAAUGAUUAUUGUUUUGUUUGUUUUGUGCCAAAUAUAUUUACUUAUUAUUAGUUUUUCUAAAUCCCAUAUAAGUUAUUUAUAUGUUAUAAACAGUUUGUGAAAAGAAAGUCAGAUAGCUCAAAGGAAACUAUUUAAGCAUAUCAUUUAAAGAUUGGUGUAAGAAUAAUCCAGAUACUAUUCUGGUAAUUUAUGACCUGCAAAAUAAGUAAAGUACUCCUAUCAUACCUUGUGAUAUAUAGAUAGGGCAGAUGAUGUAAAGCCAUCUUUUUCUACGAGGUUGUCAUGUGGCCAGCACAAUGAUCACUUACAUAAAAAGUUGUAAAAAUGUAUUCUGCCAAAAGCCGCUUUUAUCCUCUAUUAAUCUUAACAUCUGAUUGUUGUAAUAGAAAAUCUCAUAACUUUAUUAAAGUAUUGAUAACAUUAUAUCACAUCACAAUUUUAUACUUUUGUAAUAUUAAAAAAAAAAUUAAGUACUAUAUACCAUCACCAUUUUGAUUGUAUAGAGCCAGAUAUGAAAUAUUGAAUGAAUUAGCAAAAUAACUUCUGCAUUUAAUUGUCAUUGGGAAUGUGUAAAUUAAGCUAAGAAAUGUUUUGUUUUUAAAAAACCUAUUCACAGAUACGGACAUUGUUAACCCAGAGGGUUUAUUCUAUUUUAACAAUAAUUGUUUUAUUUUUGUCUUUACACCAGCAUACUUACUUUACGUUGCUGGGCUAAAUGAUUGAAUAAUGGUUUAAUUUUUUUGGGUUUCGUAGAAAGUUCAGUGAAGAUUUUUAAAAAAAACUUAUUAUUUGUUGAAGUGGUGUUUCGCUAGGGAAACAUUUGAUGAUUGGUUAGAUGUGGUUUCUAUCCACCUAACCAAAAUGUUCUGUUUUGGUCUGGCUAGUGAAUCAACUUUAUGUGUGCUGUUUUAUGGCAUUUAUGUUCCUUUGUAUUUGACCCUUUUGUCAAAGCCUGGAGCAGUGAAAAAAAGUAUUAAAACAAAGUAUAAAACAUUUA